AUGUGGAUGCUCUUCUUUCUGGGUGCCUUGUUGGGGGUCAUGGGGUCACAGGAAACGGCCUCUGGAGCAGCUCAGCAGCUUCAGGCUCUCCACUGCCCGCCCUGCGAGCAGAUACACUGCUCCUCCCGACGGGCGCUGAAGCUCCAGUGCAAAGGGGGAGUAACGACGGGGGUGUGCGGCUGCUGCCCCGUCUGUGCCAGAGUGGAGGGGGAGACCUGUGGAGGAACAUGGGAGUACCUGGGCAAGUGUGAUGAGGGUCUGGUGUGUGUUUACCAGGACGCUACAACUGAGAAAACAGACGCAGAGAGCAAAGGCGUCUGCAGAGCAGUGAUUGAUUCGCAGGAUCCGGAGAGCUGUCACCCAGAGUGCACCAGGGAAUACUGUCAGGCCAACCCCUCUGAAAUCUGCUCUGCCAGGUCUGUGUCUCUGGAGAAUACAGCGUGCCAGGGCUCCUGCCAACACACCUCCUGUUCAAGCUGUCUGCUGCUGAAACCCCCGCCAUGCCCUCAGACCUGCACCCCCUCCGAUUCCUCCUGUCUACACCGCUUCGGAAAGUGUGUGCACAAUCACCUGACAGCCACUCAUAAUGCUGUUUGCCACAACAACCUGCAGACUCAUCCUGAGGGGCAUUUUCUGUGUUUGGUACCAGCCUGUCCAACCACACCGCAGUAG